CCCUGGCCCGUUGCCAUGGCCGUGCUCCAUUCGGCCGCGCUCGUCGCCCUGUCUCUGGCCAACUUUGUUUUCGUUUCGUGGAGCGCGGCCGAGUUCGUGGCGUUUGUCUCCCUUCGGCAGAUUUACCGGGAGAGCAGGAGGCCUGCAGCGGCGGCGGCGACAGAGCCCAAGGCGGAUGCACAAGAACACGUGGAAUGGCAGUCUGUCUUUAGAGAUAGGCAAAUCCAGCAGGCUCUCCUCUUCAACCUGACACUACUCGCAUUGUUCAUCCUGCAGCACAGCAUUAUGGCGAUGGAGACAGUGAGGAGAUGGACGCUAACUUGCUUUGGGGUCCUUCAGCGAUCCGUCUAUGUGUUCUGCACGGCAGCCUGUCUCCAGCUGCUGAUGCACUACUGGCAGCCCACCCACACUGCCCCCUUACUAUGGAACGUGUCCAGGGAACCCUGGCUUACCUGGUUUCCAUUGGUCUGUUUCAUUGUUCACAUCAUCGCCUGGCUGAUCAUCUUCAGUAUUGUCCUCAUCUUUGACUACGCUGAACUCAUGGGUCUCAAGCAGGUUUAUUAUUGCUGCCUCGCUCUUGGAGACCCCAUGGAACUGAAAUCGCAGAAGGCCCAGCGUUUGUACUGCCACCUGCGGCACCCGGUCUUCCUGGAGUUCCUGGUCAUCCUGUGGUUGCUGCCCAGCUUGUCCCUCGACCGCCUGCUGCUGUCCACCACCUUCACCCUGUACAUGAUCUGUGGCCACAGCCUGGACCAGCACGACUAUCGCUACCUCCGCUCGCAGCUCAACAAGAAGUUUGAGAUUUUCUCCCGGGAGGAGAGCACUCACGGCCACCCGGCAGCUCACAACAGCCUUGGAGGACCGGCCGAGUACCAGGAGUAGCCUGCAAGCCUUGGGAGGGGGGAGGUGACACCUGCGCUUCUGGAAGCAUUCGCUGCUUUACCUCUGUGCUGUGACUCCUAAACUGCACAAGGUCUUGGUGAUCUUUAACUUUGGCAGCAGAUAAGUGCUCGCUUUUUUUUAAGAAAGCACUUUUGGGUUUGCCUGGUAGUCAGCUUUGGAGCCUUUCCUCCUCUGCUGGCACCUAGCAUCCCAUCACACUCAGGUAUCUCGCAGGUCAGAUGUGCAGUGAAGCUCCAUUUAUCCUGCCUCAACAGUGUGCCUUCGCUUCCAACUUCAGAAAACCACCUCUUCCCCACCCCCCCCCAGCCUCUUCCUCCCCUUCUUGACGAGUGCUGCAUUGCUCUAUCGCUAUCCUAUUACCAUGCUAUAGACUGCCUUGACUGGAGUUGCCAGAUCAGUGCCAAUGAAUAUUUUUGGGACAGUUUCCUACUGUGCCUGCCUUUGAUUUCCAAUAGAUUGUGUUCUGUUUUGAUCGUAUCAUCUUCCAUUUUUAGCAUGUCAUGUCCCAUUUCUAGGAAAUUGUGCCAUUUUGUGAAUGUUAAGUGCCACACUGGGGACAAUUUUUGCUAUGACGUCCCAUGCUGCGCUAGAAACCACUAGCGACAUGCUGAGCAAAUUUCACACAGUGUCUUUACAGUUUUCAUCCCUUCCAAAUGAGACAGCUUUAACGAGGAAAGUUUUCCCAGAAUGAGCAUUUCGAGUGUCUGAGUGAAGUGUGAGGCAGUCAGGAAUUCAGGACAGAAUCUCGCAGGAGUGAUUAAUGUUCCCCAAUUCUGUUCAUGUCGGGAGCCUGUCUUCGACCAGAGCAGAAAGUGUAAGUCUUCCUGUGAGUGACGUGCAUCAGUGAUAAUUUCAAAUCAAGUUGAGUUUGACAACUGCCAUUUGUAAAUAGGAGUGGUGCAUGGACAAUUUAAUUCCACCAAAAAUGACAUGAUUGAAAUUCUGCCAUGUAAUUUCUUAUCACCAAUUUUUAUCAAAAAAUAUCAUGUUUAGAACAAUAAAUCAUUGCAUUGUGAUAGCAGCAGCUUGUGUCAAAAUGCCUGAAAUUACUUCAGGCAGUGAAUUAACUACCAGAGUGCCAAGGUUGGUAAAUGCAUAAAGGGGUAGCCUUUCUUUUGUUGCUGAGGAUGUUGCUUGACUAAUUUGCUAAUUCCACAGAGAGAACUCUGUCGGAUUUGGUUGCCAGAGAAUCUUUGCCAAGACUGUAGUUUAAUGACUCAGAAAUAAAGUUGGAGGGUAUUGUUGCUUUA